GUACAAGUACGGCAUCUCCUCCUCCUCCUCCACCUCAACCCCGGCGUACCUGCCGUCCACAUCCACACACCAGAUGAGCACCCCUACAUCUACCAUAGAAGCCCACCAAGCCCGCAUCUCCCUCCACCUCUCGCACACCCGCUCGUUAGUCUCGUCCUGGCUCCCACCACCAUCACCAACAGGCCCCGCGGCAGCGCAAAAGACCGAAGAGGAAAUACUCCGUGAGGAUGAGGAAUUUUUCACUCCUAUGCCUCCGAGGUUUAUCCCCCCCCUUCCAGAAUUUUCGGAGCGAAUACUAAUGAAGAGGGAUGGAUGGACACGGUAGGCUCGGCCUUGGCGCACCAAUACCUAAAGAAUUCCUCAAUGGGGAGAGAAGAGUCCGGACAAAUGAUUUGCUAAGGAGGAAGAUUAUGGGGCGGAGCGCAGGUGGGGGUGGGGGUGGAGGGUCGAAGUCGAUGCCUGAAGGGAGGAAGAGGAAGGAAAGGGGGGUUGUGAGGAGCGAUGAGGAGGAGGAGGAAGGGAGGUCUGCGCUUGGGAGGAAGAAGAAGAAUAAGACAAAAGUCUUGCAAGAGGAGGAAGAGGGUGUCGAUAGCUCUGGCAUGACUAUUACUAGUUCUGCUACUCUUUGUGCUGGUGUCCCUCCUCCUACUACUGGUACUCCUUCCAAAAAGGCAGUCAAUAAGCAGAGAUCACCCACCCCCCCAACCCGACCCAGCACAUUCUCAGAUGCGUACCAGGCGCAGAAGGCGAGGAAGAAGAAAAAAAAGAAAAAGAAGAACACCGCCAAAACUGAGCAAUCGUGAGCCACGAGGGAUGAUAGAACCAUACCUCAACACUGUACAUAAGCCAAACAAAACGAAAUAAAAUAAAAGCCCAUGUCUAAGAUUGA